AUGGAAACAUUCAGCUUCAUUACGGAAGCCAAGGCUAUGCAACGUCGAGACACUCGAAAUGGUUGGAUGUGCAUUCAGAAACUCGGAAAUGACGCGAUGCAUUUUGAGAUCCAAAGCCUUAAAGUAACUCUUGUAAAGACAUUUUCAAUUUUCCUAAGGUCGAUUGGUAUUGAAAAAAGUUGUGAAGGUCGAAAUGUCAACCAUUAA